AUGAAGUGGUCCACCUUGUUGAUCUUUGCCGCUGCCAGCGUUGUCUCCGCCCAGACCUACAAGAGGCUCGGGACAUGCCCUAGCUUGGGUUGUAUCUUCCCUCCUGAUCAGACAGACUUCUAUGCUGGAGCGUACUUCGACAUCCGCCUAGAGGUUCACUCUCCCGUCAAUGGGACUGAAGCUUUCAAGAACGGCGAGAUCGACAAGGACUUCACUCUGUGCAUCCAAAAGGGUGACGGUCCUUGUGAAGAUGUCACAAAAUUCUUCACUGUAGAAGACUCAAAACUUGAUACCUGGACUUUCUCGUAUUACGAGGAUCUCUUCGCCCGGGAUGCGGGUUCGGCCUCAGUUGUGAAUGUCGCUUCAAAGGGAUAUCGCGCUCCCGGUAUGUACACUGCGCGGCUCAAGUACCAUCAGACCAUGGAAACGGUCGCUCACUGGCUUGUUCGUGAGCCCGCCCCCGAAAGGAAGGCAAAGAACGCCAUCAUCUUCAUUGGUGACGGCAUGACUCAACCCAUGAUCACGGCCGCUCGCAUGAUCGCCCACAAGUCUAUCAAUGGUCGUUAUCAAUCCCUCAUGCAAAUGGACCAGAUGGAACAUCUCGGGCAUCAAAUGACGCACUCCAUUGACUCAUACAUUACUGAUUCUGCUAACUCGGCUUCUGCUCUCUUCACUGGACACAAGACAACGUCAGGCGCCCUCAAUGUUUACGUCGACAGCAGCCGUGAUUCGUUCGACGACCCGAAAUAUGAAACCGUUGCUGAGCUCUUCCGACGCAAGCGUGGUGGUGCCUUUGGCAUUGUCACGACUGCUGAUGUAGUCGAUGCUACCCCUGCUGCCAUGUGCGCGCAUACACGCGAACGUGGCGAGUCUGCUGGUAUUGUUUACACAUUCUUGAACGGGGCAUCUGGUGAUACUGGCCUCAACUCAUCGCUCGCUUGGCCCACCAGCUGCGAGCAACCCGAUGUCAUCUUCGGCGGCGGCGCUCAAGCAUUCCUCCCCGGUCCCGAUUCUCCUAACGGCACUGAUUUCUAUCAGGCAUUUGCAAAGGAAGGAUACAAUAUCAUCCACAACAAUACUCAGUUGCAAGGGGUCGAUAUCGAAAAGAAGACACUCGGAAUCUUCUCCAGUGAGUCGAUGUCCCAAUGGCUCGAUCGUCACAUCUACCCCGAGAGCUUGAAGGGUCGCAAGAACUCCCCACUCGGAGACGAUGCUGAUGCUCUCGAUCAACCUGGACUCAAAGACAUGACACUCAAGGCUAUCGAUAUUCUUCAAAAUCGCCAGAAGGACAGUGGGAAGGGAUGGCUCAUGCUGUACGCCUCAUGUCAUUUCUUUCUCCUCGCACAGGUUGUUAAGGAUUUUGAUAGAUCCGAAGGUGCUAGCAUUGACAAGAUGAUGCAUGCUCUCGACUACGAUCGUGCUUUGGGUGAACUCUUGGAACUCGACGACACAAUCCGCGCGACUAUUGCUCACCUCAAAGAAAUCGGUGAACUGGACAACACCCUGAUCGUUGUAACUGCCGACCACGGUCACGGAUUCGAUGUCUACGGUAGCGUCGACACCAAGUACAUGGCUGCCCAAACCGACCCACGCAAGAAGCGUGACGCCAUUGGCAUUUACGGCGAGUCUGGGUUGAGUGGAUACACUGUCGCAAAAGGCUCGUCGCCGGAUAACAAUACCAUCGUAGUUGGAUCUGGAGGCCCGAACUUCCCCGUGCAGUGGGAUCCUCGAUACACCUUUGCUGGUGGUAUGGCUGCUCAUCCGGACAUUCGUGAAGGAUGGCAAGUGAACAAAACCGGGAUCCGCAAAACCGUAGUGUCUGGCGACGAUGGCUACGUCGCCAAUCCUAAUGAUCAACCUGAAGAGGGCACAAUUCCCGAUGAUAACUCCUCCGGCGUCCACUCACUGACAGAUGUUUCUGUCUUCGCGAGCGGUCCCGGUGGCGAGGCUUUCCGUGGUGUUUAUAACAGCAUUGAUGUCUUCUUCAAAGUCGCCGAUGCCCUUGGUCUUGGCGCGCCCAGCUCAGAGUCCCAGUGA